AUGGCGUCCGCACCUCCUCGCACAACCACCGCCUCAACAGUCACAAACACAAAUUCAACUUCCCAAGAGAAACGGCACCGUUCUAUCUUCGACGUCCACACCAAUUUCUUCGACGCGUGUCGUUUAAUCUCUCCUUCCUUCUCUUCUUCUGCUUCAACUUCAGUAGCACCCGAAGCUCCCUCUUUCAUCGAAACUCUAGAUGACGUCAAUACGAUAGAAGAGACAAUUUCGAAAAACGACGUCGAAUUUACAAUUCCUAGAUGGACCUGUAACACUUGCAAAGCCGAAUUCGAUUCUCUCCAAGACCAGCGCUCUCACUUCAAAUCAGAUAUUCAUCGAAUCAAUGUUAAAUUAAGCAUUGCUGGAAAAGAUAUUGUAAAAGAGGAAGAUUUUGAUGAAUCUUUCAAAGAUUGUGAUAUUUCGAGCGUGUCAGGAUCAGAAGAUGAAGUUGAAAGGGUGUCCUUUUUGCGGGAUGAUUCACAAAGAGGAUUAGUAGAGAGUGCGAAGCAGAAGUUAUUUAUUCGUCUUAAGACUGGAGAGAGAGUUUCGAUAUGGAAGAGUUUGGUUCUGAAUGAGAGUGAAAGGGUUUGUUUUGAAAAUGACACUGUUGUUGGGGGGUGUUUGAGAGAGAUUGAAGUGAUUGAGAGGUUGAGGUUUCUGAUUCACGAGGAGAGGAAUGGGAUCCGAUGGCGGAUUGUGUUGCUUGCUAGUGGUGGACAUUUUGCUGGGUGCGUUCUUGAUGGGAAUUCGGUUGUGGUUCAUAAAACAUUUCACAGAUACGUUGUAAGGGCCAAAGCUGGUAAAAAACAGUCAUCUAAAGAUGGAACUGGUAGAGCUGCACAUUCUGCUGGAGCUUCACUUCGUCGGCAUAAUGAACUUGCUUUAAAGAAGGACAUUCAAGAACUACUUGAUGUUUGGAAGCCUUAUUUUGAUGCUUCAUCGUGUAUUUGGUUAUAUGCACCUUCAAGUAAUCGGCAACUAUUCUUUGAUGGAGAUAAAGCAUAUUUCAGCCAUCAGCACCGUGUUCGAAAUGUACCGUUGAGUGUUCGGAGGCCUACUUUGAAAGAAGCUCGACGUGUAUAUAAUUUAUUGACACAAGUUACCUAUGAAGUGGAUGAGAAGGAAAGCCUACGUGGCACCAUAGAUGACUUGGUGUCAAAUACAAGCACUGUCACAGAUAGCUGCCCUGUCCCCAGCAAAGAGGACUUGAAUGGAAGCAUUAAUAAUGCGGAACCUGCUGAAGCUUCUUCUAGUGAAAAAAAAUCUGAUGAUCUACUUAUGCCAAGUGGGAGUGAACGUGAAGUUGCUGGCAAAACAACGCCUUUGCAUGAAGCAGCAGAAUCUGGUGAUGCUCAUCGGGUUUUGGAACUCCUAGAGCAGGGUUUAGAUCCUUGUAUCAAAGAUGAAAGGGGGCGGACUCCUUAUAUGCUGGCAAAUGAUAAGGAAGUCAGAAAUGCAUUUAGACGUUUCAUGGCCAUAAAUAUUGAUAGAUGGGAUUGGCAUGCUGCUAAUGUGCCUAGUGCAUUGACAAAAGAAAUGGAAGAAUCUCAAGCUGCUAAGCAGGCCGAGAAAGAGGCAAAGAGGAAAGCAAGAGCAAAGGAAUUGAAGAAAUUACGUAAAGCUAGAGAAAAGAAGGCCCAGGCUGAGGCUGCUUCAUCCCAAAACGCUGCAGUAAUUAUAGGUAAUCGAGCUACUCCAAUUUCAGCUAUAAAGGGACAGUCUCAGCCUAGUGGAGGAUCAAAAGUAUCUAGAGAGGAACUCAAGAGGGCAGAAGCUAUUGAGAGGGAAAAGAGGGCAGCUGCUGCAGAGAGGAGAAUGGCUGCGGCUGCAGCUAUCAAUGCCCAAAGCAGUGGCACAAGCACUGUGCCAGCCACAGCACAACUCAAAAGUGGGUUAACAUCAGAUAUAACCUGCUCCUGUUGUAAUGUGUCGUUAGCUGGUAAAGUUCCAUUUCAUAGAUAUAAUUACAAGUAUUGCAGCACGUCAUGCAUGCAUGUACACAGAGAGAUCCUUGAGGAUGAAUAA